ACAAGGGGGCGGGCGAAGCACAAACCGGAAGCAGGAAGAGGAAUCAACGUCGACGUGCGAAAUUCAAACUUCUGUGACAAAACAACGCUGAGAUACAAAGCAUAUGGUGAACUGAUUGGACCUCCUACCCCUCUCGUUUUCACACAAAUCCAGGGAGGUUUUUAUUUCUCACCGUGAGGCUGAAGCAGGGAGGAUGCCGGUGGAAAGGACUGAGCACCGCGGAGCCGACGAGCUCUUCAAGUACUACGAGCUCUAUGAGACGAUCGGCUCAGGAGGCUUUGCUAAAGUCAAGCUGGGUCGUCACAUCCUGACAGGAGAGAAGGUUGCCAUUAAAAUCAUGAACAAGAAAGAUCUAGGGGAUGACCUGCCUCGUGUGAAGGUGGAGAUUGAGGCCAUGAAGAGCCUGAGUCAUCAGCACGUCUGUCGCCUCUACCACGUCAUAGAGACCUCCACCCAGAUCUUCAUGGUGCUGGAGUACUGUACGGGUGGGGAGUUGUUCGACUACAUCAUAGCAAAGGACCGUCUGUCCGAGGAGGAGACCAGGGUGUUUUUCAGACAGAUUGUGUCUGCGAUGGCUUAUGUCCACAGCCAGGGAUAUGCACACCGGGACCUCAAACCGGAAAACUUACUGAUUGAUGAAGACCACAACUUGAAGCUCAUAGACUUUGGAUUGUGUGCCAAACCUAAGGGAGGUUUGAAUUAUGAGCUGAUGACGUGUUGUGGGAGCCCUGCGUACGCUGCUCCUGAACUCAUCCAGGGAAAAGCAUAUAUUGGUUCAGAGGCUGAUGUGUGGAGUAUGGGAGUGCUGCUGUUCGCUCUGCUCUGUGGAUACCUGCCCUUUGAUGACGACAACUGCAUGGUCCUCUACAGGAAGAUUGCAAGAGGUAAAUAUGAUAACCCUCGGUGGCUCUCUCCAGGCAGCAUCCUCCUCCUCAACCAGAUGAUGCAGGUGGACCCCAAGCGGCGUAUAACUGUUCGACAGCUGCUGGACCAUCCCUGGGUGAUGAAAGAAUACAACAGCCCUGUGGAGUGGCACAGCCGGCAGCCGCUUGGGCACAUAGAUGUGGACUGUAUCACUGAGAUGGCUGUCAACAUGAAACGAUCGAGGGAGAGCACCACAGCGCUGGUCAAGGAAUGGCGGUAUGACCAGACCACAGCCACCUACCUGCUGCUGCUGUCAAAGAAGCAGAGGGGCAAACCUGUCCGCCUACGCCCUGAACCACCAGUCUGUGAGGACUCUUGCUCUCCACUGCACCAGGGAAUACAGGCUAGGGAAGGCCUUCACUACAGCGAGGAUGAAGAUGCUGUCAUUGUGGGUUCCCUGGACUUUUGCUCAGACUACACUGAUGAUUGCCCGUGGGUUUCAGUCACACAGUAUACACCCCAGGGGGUCAGAGGUCAGCCAGAUGGAGCUGCAAACAACAAAGAUGCGAGACUAGCAUCUCCAUCAGUAGAGAAAAGAUGUGCUUACAGCCCAACCCCAGAGAGGGUGCGAACGACCACACAGCACGGACAGGAGAGGAGGGACAGAGUCCAAGUGCGAACUAGUGAGAACAAGGAGAAUAUCGCCGUGCAGGACAAAGAUGUCGAAAUAUUUGCGUUGCCUCCUCCUCGAACUCCGGUGUCCAGUAAGAAGAACGCACGACCCAACAGGAAUGUUUUGACCACACCAAAUCAAAAUGCUAACGUCAAUGGCACUAAAACCAAUGCAGGCACACCAAAAGUUGCAGGUGCAGGCAGUGCCUCUAAAGAGCACAAUAAGAAGAGGGCAGCAGAGAACAAGGAGCUUCCCAACGUUGAAAUACUGGCCUUCAGUCCUGAGCGAAGGUCUCGGUCUUUGGACAUGGCUGGUAUGGGAGACAGCGGGAAGAAGAAGAGAGGAGGGAAGGUGUUUGGUUCCCUGGAGAGAGGCCUGGAUAAAGUGAUCACAAUGCUCACUCCCAGCAAGAGACGAGCCCUGCGUGACGGCCCACGAAAGAUCAAGGCGCAGUACAACGUCACUCUGACCAGUCAGACCAACCCAGACCAGGUCCUUAAUCAGAUCCUCUCCAUCCUGCCGGAGAAAAACGUCGAUUUCACACAGAAAGGCUAUACUCUGAAGUGUCAAACCUGGGGCGACUUUGGGAAGGUAACCAUGGCAUUUGAGCUGGAGGUGUGCCUGCUCCAGAGGCCGGAGGUCGUUGGGGUCCGCCGCCAGAGGCUGAAGGGCGACGCCUGGGUCUAUAAGCACCUGGUGGAAGACAUCCUCUCCACAUCCAAGAUCUAAAUAAUGCACUUUCCUGUCAAUAUCACUUCCAGUGUCAGUGGACACUAGCUUUUUUGUGUCAGCAACAUGACACACCCAUUGUCCAAGAAUGUAGGAUGAUUGAUUAGUGAUUGAUGUACAGAUCCGAACAUAGGAUGGUAUCUCAGCAACAUUAAUGAUCAGUCCUACAUUAUUUAUAGUGAAUAUUUGAAAUUGUCCACAGGCCAACCUGCAAUCCCCAGAGUACAUGUUACGUUAAAUUUAUGAGCAUUACAUGUCAAGAAUCUGUAAGGAAUAUCUUGUUUUAUGUAGAAUAUUGUUGUUUUACUUCCCGCUUUCAUAAGGUGUGUGUGUGUGUGUGUGUGUGUGUGUGUGUGUGUGUGUGUGUGUGUGUGUGUGUGUGUGUGUGUGUGUGUGUGUGUGUGUGUGUGUGUGUGUGUGUGUGUGUGUGUGUGUGUGUGUGUGUGUGUGUGUGUGUGUGUGUGUGUGUGUGUGUGUGUGUGUGUGGCUAUUUACAGCAUACCUUCUGGCUACUUAUUACCAUAUUUAUGUCUUGAUGUUGUUAUUCAUCCCUGUAGGUGCUAAACUUGAUUGAAUAACAUAAAGCAGCAGAACAAUUAUUAAUUUACUGUCAUUGUUUUUUGAUGUACAUGUACGUGUUUACAAUUCUUCCGUUAUGACAUUUUUACAUGGUUGUCUGUUGUAGGAUGUGUCUGCUUUACUUUCUUAUUAGUGCUUCUUGUCUAGUUUUAAACUGUCUGUCACAUCGUAUCUGUAAGAUUUUUACUGGCAUGUAAAAGGAGCAAAAUAAAUGGUUUCUGUUAAAUGUAA